AUGGACGGAUCUCCCGUCAAGGCUGAGGAGUCGGCCGACCACCGCAAGAGUGGCUACAAGUCAUGGAAGAAGAAGUACCGCAAGAUGCGCAUCGUUUUCGAUCAUAAGAUGCAAGAAGGCGAGGAUUUACACAAGCAGGAGGACAAGGCUUCUGCUACAGUCAAGAGAAUAGCCGUUGAGAAUGACCGCCUCCUAGAUCUUCUACUCGACAUCAACAACUCGCCCCAGAUUCCACUCGACAAGCGAGUAGAUGUAUCCCUCAAACCGUCCGCUGCCGCCAAGGUCACCCUGCCACUGGACGCCAAACACACGACGCAAAAAGAACAAGCCAUCAAGAAACUCGAGGAGCUCCUCGAAGACAUCCCUCACACAUCAUACACCUCCGCCAAGGACUCCAAGCCCUCAUACAUCAACGACUUGGCUGCUCCGGACGGCGAAUCCUUCCCCGCAAGCUUCCUGUCCGCUGACGACAUUGACAACUACAUUCACGAUGUCGACAGCGCAAUAGAUCCAGACACUCACAUCCCCACGCUUGCACCGCGUGCCCAUCCCACCACCAACCCCAUCCAGCACGCACUGCUAAAGAACCCAACAAGCGUGACCAACUGGCUGCGCAAGCACGCGCCGAAAAUCUUCCUCCAAGACGGAGAAGCUCACGACGGCGAUGACGAGGGCCAAACGGGCCAUCAUACAGGCGGCCGUAAGACGCGCGGCAGUAGAGGCGAACGAGGCGGCGGUCGUGGUCGCGGCAAGCGAGGCAGCCUUGCAUCCAGAAUGGCUGACCGGGAGCGGGAACGUGAUCGUGACCGUGGCGACUGGGAUGCCAGUAUGGAUGAGGAUCCUGAUUUUGGUACACCCGUGGGAAGAGGGAAGCGCAAGAGAGUGGACGACCCAGGCUACAGACCCGGCGGGUCUCUUGGUCGUCCAGUGAAGAAGAAGAGAAAGAGCGAUGUGGACGGCACACCAGCCGCCCGGAAGUCCAAGAAGGAAUCUGGUACACCAAGGGGCGACUAG